AUGUUUCUUGCAUUAAAGUCGAGGUGGCAUAGAGACAAUUCACGCAUAUGGUUCAAAACCUCGCCCAGAUUUCCAGUCAUAGUUUUCGCACUCGCUAGGGGAGAAAGUAGCGUAGUCGAUUCGGACCUUUUCUUUCUACUAUUCAAUGCGAUACAGCCACCGAAGACGACAUCAUCCAGCAUUGCUCGCGUUCCAAACCGCAUCGAGACAUUAUCAGCGAGGCCAGUGGACAACGUCCUCGAGACUUCCCAUGCCCGGGCCUUUGCAUGGGAAUGUAGCUAUUGGCAGCUAUGGUUAGAUUACGUUUCUAUCAUUCCUACUACUAUAGCAGACAUCGAGGAAUAUGAUAACAAGAGACAACUAAGAGACUCAGACUAUCUUAAUUUAGCUGGCUACUCGCUAGUAUUUUGCCACCUCGAAAUAGCCCCUCGAAAUAUUCUCGCCUUAGAAGAUGGUACACUUUGCCUCGUUGAUUGGGUUUCUGCAGACUUUCACCCUAGACUUUUCGAAAGGACUGUUCUAAAGAUUAGUGUACGAAGUAAGGAUGACUGGACCACCAACCUUCUGAGACUGUUGGAUGAGCUCGAGGAGAACGAAAAAUAUCAGGCUGAGCUGUUAGAACGAGCAUACUAUCUUGGACACAAAUACUCACAGUAA